AUGAGGCCCAAUCGUCUUGAAAGGCAUUUGAAGCAACAACAUCCUACUCUGGUUUUGAAGACGAAAGAGUUUUUUUCUUCUAAAGCAGACUCACUCAAGCGGAUGAGACUGGAUAAAUCGGGAAGUUAUGACACACGUGUAUCGCAGCAUCUCAAAGCUUCAUUUGAAAUAGCUCUUAUGAUAGCAAAGCAAAAGAAACCUCAUACUAGCGGCGAAGAAUUAAUAAAACCAUGUGUCCUAAAAGCCACGCAGAUAAUUUUAGGAGAAGACGCAGCGCAAAAAAUGAAGUCUAUUUCUCUUUCGAAUAACACAGUCAAGCGUAGAAUCGAUGACAUUGCAGCGGACAUAAAGUCACAAAUAAUUAACAAAGUAAAAUUAUAG